AUGUCUUCUUCUUCUUCACCUCUCACCUGGAAAUAUCGUGUCUUCACGAGCUUCCACGGUCCUGAUGUUCGUAAAACAUUUCUUAGUCAUUUACGCAAACAAUUUAGCUAUAAUGGGAUUACGAUGUUCGAUGACAACGGGAUCGAGAGAGGCCAGAUCAUCGCCCCUUCACUCACACAAGCGAUUAGAGAAUCAAGGAUCGCGGUCGUAUUGCUCUCGAAGAACUAUGCUUCAUCGAGUUGGUGUUUGGAUGAGCUAUUGGAGAUUCUGAAUUGCAAAGAAGCUAGAGGGCAAAAAGUGAUGACUGUCUUCUACGGAGUAGACCCAUCUGAGGUGCGGAAACAAACCGGAGAUUUUGGGAAGGCUUUCCAUAAAACGUGUGCUCGUAAAACGAAGGAAGAGAGGAGAAAAUGGAGCGAAGCUUUGACCUAUGUGGGCAACAUCGCUGGUGAACACUUCCAAAACUGGAAAAGUGAAGCGGAAAUGAUUGAGAAGAUUGCAAGUGAUGUUUCAGACAAACUAAAUGCUACACCAUGUAGGGAUUUUGAUGGCAUGGUGGGACUUGAGGGCCACUUGAGAGAAAUGGAGUCCUUGCUAGAUUUAGAUAAUGAUGGCGUUAAGAUUGUUGGAAUCUGUGGUCCUGCAGGCAUUGGUAAGAGUACCAUUGCCAGAGCUUUACAUAGUCGACUCUCUAACAUGUUUAAACUUACUUGUUUUGUGGACGACCUUCCGGAAAACUACAAGAUUGGUUAUGGUGAGUAUAAGAUGAAGAAGCAGUUGGGAGAGCAACUUCUUUCAAAGAUUUUGAGCCAACCUAGUAUGAUCAUAGGCCAUUUAGGUGUUAUACAAGAAAGGCUAAACGACCAGAAGGUUCUUAUCACCCUUGAUGAUGUGGAGAGUCUAGAUCAACUUGAGGCUUUGGCUAAUACCAUGUGGUUUGGUGCUGGAAGUAGGGUCAUCGUUACCACUGAAAACAAAGAGAUUUUGCAGCAACAUGGUAUCAGUGAUAUAUACCAAGUGGGGUUUCCAUCAAAAGAAGAAGCUCUAAUGAUCUUUUGUCUAUCUGCUUUUAGACAAAUAUCUCCACCUGAUGGGUUUAUGAAUCUUGCGGAUGAAGUUGCAAAUAUUUGUGGUAAUCUUCCAUUGGGUCUGCAUGUUUUGGGGUCAUUACUUCGGGGAAAGAACCAUGCUGACUGGAUAGAUGAACUACCAAGGUUGAAAAGGUGUCUUGAUAGAAGAAUUGAGAGUGUAAUGAAAGUGGGCUAUGAGAGUUUAUAUGAGAACGACCAAGCUUUAUUUCUCCACGUUGCAGUCUUCUUCAAUCAUGAACAUAUUGAUCAUGUGACAUCAAUGAUGGCAAAAACGAACUCGGAGGUUAGACUUGGGUUGAGAAACUUAGCAAAUAAAUAUCUCAUACAUAUAGAUCGAGGAAGUAGAGUGGUAAUGCACCGUUUGCUACAAGUAAUGGCUAGACAAGUCAUUUCAAGACAAGAGACUUGGAAACGUCAGAUUCUAGUAGAUCCCAAGGAGAUUUGUUAUGUUCUAGAAAAUGCAGCGGGUAAUGGAUCAAUUGUAGGUGUAUCAUUUGACGUAUCAGAGAUCAACGAAUUGACAAUAAGUGCGAGGGCUUUUGAAAGAAUGUGCAAUAUUUUCCUCUUGAAAGUCUACCAUGGUAGGCACACCGGAAAGGGAAAAUUGCACAUUCCAGAGGAGUUUGAGUUUCCAUGUCGCGUAAGUUUACUACAUUGGGAAGUAUACCCAAGAAGGAGUCUUCCUCUUAGAUUUUGCACAGAAAAUCUCGUUGAACUCAAAAUGCAGGACAGCAAUCUCGAGAAGCUAUGGGAAGGAACUCAGACGCUUGCAAAUCUCAAGAAGAUGGAUUUCAAGGGCUCAUCUCUGUUGAAGGCACUACCAGAUCUUUCAAAUGCUACAAAUCUAGAGGAGUUGGAUAUAAGUUUCUGCGAUGCAUUGGAAGAGCUUCCAUCCUCAAUUGCGAAUCUUGAUAAAACAAAUCUGUUGCAAAUGGAUUCCUGCAAAAGCUUAGAAGUCAUUCCAAGUCUCGUUAAGUUGACAUCUCUUGAAUUGAUCAAAAUGUGGAUAAUGUCACGAUUGAGAAUUCUUCCAGAUAUACCUACCAGCAUCUUGAAAUUAAGCGUAAAUGCGUCAAGAGUAGAAGAAUUGCCUGCAUCACUUAGGCAUUGCUCUCGUCUUGAGUCUGUUGAACUAUUUAGCUGUACAAAUCUCAAGACCUUCUCAACACAUCUCCCCACGAGCGUAAAAAGUCUAGACCUAGGAGAUAGUGGUAUUGAGAUGAUUACAGAUUGCAUCAAAGGUCUUCAUAAUCUAGAAUACCUUCAUCUAUCAAGCUGCAAAAGACUUGCGGCUUUGCCAGAGCUCCCUGGUUCGCUCAUACAGCUAUAUGCAGACGAUUGUGAAUCACUGGAGAGAGUAAGUGGCACUUUAAACACUUCAAAAGCAGAUCUCAUUUUCACUAACUGCAUCAAGUUGGGUCUACAAGCACGUCGAGCAAUUAUCCGACGAUCGUUUGUUAGCGGGUGGGCUCUCUUACCCGGAACAGAAGUACCUGCAGAGUUCCAUCACCGAGCCAGAGGAAAAUGCUUAACAAUUGGUUAUUCCACUUUCAACAGAUUCAAGGUUUGCGUUGUGAUUAAGCAGAACCUAAUUUUGGAUUCAAGACUUUGGUAUCGCUGCCUAGUCAACGACAAGAUUUUGAUGGACGAAACAGAUGUAAGCAACAACAAUGGGGAAUCUGGAGAUGAAUCUGAAUUUGGAGAAGCGUCCCAAGAAAAAGUUGACGACUGGGUUACUGACAAAGCCUCAUACAAAGAAGAAGAUGAUGAAUCUGAUUCCGGAGAAGCGUCCCAAGAAAAUGAUGAGGAUAUUGACGACGACGAAGAAGAAGAUGACGAUGGAAGUGAUUACUCGGUUAUAGAAGAAUCCUGCAAAGCCUCACACGAAAAAGAAGAUGACGAUGAUUGUAUUGCUAACGGGAGAUCUGAAUCUGAAUCUGGUGAAGCCUCUGACAAAGAAGACAAUGAAUCUCAAUAUGGAGAAGCCUCCGAAGACAAAAAUGAGGGUAUUGGCGGCGACGGUGACUACGAAUCUGUAUCAAGGAAGAGUUUGUGGCAGAGGACGGUAAAAGGUGCUAUUACAAUGAUAGUUUUGGCGCUGUUGAUUAUGAUUUUCUGUGAAACUCUGAAACAAUGUAAGAACCUGAAUGUUGCUGGCUUCUCUUUGACAUGUUAG